AUGGGGAAUGGAUCUGGCCAACGGCCGCUUUCCGAAGUGAGUCCCAUGGCGCAGAGGCGCAAUUCGCCUAGCUGGAACCAAACCACCAAGCAGAUGCCGAACGGCGAGUCUCCCGCAUACGAUGUUUCGUCCUUGAACAGCAAAGCCUCACCACGCCUAUUUUGGAAGGGUCGCGAUUCCCCCUCGCCGUUCUCCAAAGGGACCGAAAACAAGUCACCAUACGACCCCGAAGGCUCAUAUUUCCCCAGCAAGCGCGCCUCAAUCGAGAACCUGAAACGCGUGUCAAAGGUUAAGAACCACAGCUUCCAGGAUGGGAGCCAGGAAUACGACCCAGCAUCAGUAGUUCUUCCAAACAGACCAUUGGCUUCUGAACGUUCCCCACAAAGGGAUAGCCAGAUGAAUGUCGCCAAAUCACAAUUUCAUGAUGAAGAUCUCGCCCAAUUCGGACGUCCAUCAUCUCCGAGCAAGGACCAAGCAUCGCCCGGCAAGUCCUCGCUGUCGAGAGGUAGCCGAUAUGGCAAAGGGUUUGACCCCCAGCAUGAUAUUUGGUCCGAGCAUGGGAGCGCUGGACAUCGACAUGCCAAGAGCGUUACAUUUGAUCAUGCUCCUCCCCAAGUUAAUGAAUACGUAAUGACAACGCCCGAUCCAUCUUCAAUCGCAUCUGGAUCGCGCGAGAACAGCUAUGAAUCCGACGAAGAGGAGGAUAUCAGUUUCGAGCAAGAGUCAUCCAUUGAGCGAGAUGAUAGCUUCGACGCCUCCCUUGAGGACAUUGAGAAGACUCCUGUCGUGCUGCCUGAAGACUGGCGAUUCAUGAGUCCCGAGUCAAAUGGCGAUGAGGAUUCGUUCAUUGAACACAUUGAGACUGAUAAGGCGGAAGACCGACCGACUUCCCGCGAAGGUCCAGCAACUCGACGCCCACGCGUAGAGUCCCUCGACUCCAACGGUGAGCGCCGUCCACUUCCACCAUUGCCAUCUGUGAACCGACUAUCCGGUGCACGUCCCUCCUCGGCUGGGAAAAUGUCUGCUGCUUUUGAGCUUGGUAGCACCAGCCAGCGGGGGCUUCCCCCACCACCAGCUGCCGCUUCAUAUAAUAAAUCAGACAUUGCCGGUGCUGUCUCUUUGGAAGAUCGACUACGUCUUAUGAUGCUCCAAGAGAAGAACCCUGACGAGAACCACGAUCAUGAACAAAUUGCGGAAGAGCCUUUGGAGCUUCCCAUGCCAGACGAUGACGCUACCCCCACAAACGGUGCGCGUGAAAAUGAAGAUGCCACAGACUUCUUUUCCCCACCAAGAAUCUCGCGUGAUUCCAUCUUGCGUGGUAUUCGCAAAGGUGAAAGCUUCGACGAAGAUGACAGUUUUGAUGACUCUUCUCAAAUCGCCUCCAGUCCCAACCAUUAUGACCAUUACGAUCCUGACAUCCCGAUUCCAUCCCUGGAAAUUGACGACAAUGACGACUCCUCUAGCGUAAUCGUGAAGCAAGAAGAUGAAGACCCCGACAUGUACUCUAUCUCUGAGUAUUAUCAGAACUCCUCCGACAACAGUCUGUCGUCUCGUGAUCAGCGAGCCAAGUACGACGAGGAAAGCAACUACUCGCUGCGCUCUGCUGCCGAAGCUGCCGAUCGUGCACAGAAAGAAAAUGCGAGCCAGGGCCAGGGCUCCGGGCAAACAACCCCAACACGCGAAGAGAAGAUUCACACAGAACAACCCGCAGAGCCCGUGGAGCCCGAAGGUGUGACCGAGGAACACAAUGAAUCCAAGGAGUCGGACAACAGCAGCUUCGAUAUGACCUCAGUGAGUCAGUCUCUGGCUCGCCCUGUCACUCCUGAGAUGCAUGACGAAGGAGGUUCGGAACCUUCGACACCAGACUCGGUCAUCCGCCACCCAGUGGAAGACGACGAUCAGGAGGAAGACGGAGAAGAGAAUAUAGAAGAGAACACGGAGGGCAACCCCACCGAGGAGCCAAUUCUUCCAGCGAACCAAGAAGAGGAGGAAACGGAGCUCUAUGAAAGCUCCUCUGACGAGUCUGUUCCCGAACCAGUCGCGACAAUCAGGGCUCCUGGAGCUGGUCUAAAGACACGCCCAUCCUUGACGCCUGCAGAUAUGCAAUCCAUGGCCGCUACCCGCCGCAAAAUCAGUGGCCAGCAUAUUCCUCCAGUUCCCCCAUUGACGAAACAGCACUCCCACGAGUCAAGCCAUUCCGAGAAGGAGCAAAACCCUACCGACUCGCCCCCCAAACUGGCGUUGCCAACUGAUCUUGCUCAGCGACAGAGCAGCUUAAUGCAGUUGGACAUUCCCUUCAGCAUUCAGGAAGAGAGCCUCGGCUCUGGUCUCAACAAGGAGUUUGAUCGUGUCAUUGAAUCCCAAAAGGUAGCUUUCCCGUUUGCUCUUGCCCCAUCGUUGCCUUCCCACAUCAACACUCCCAAGGAUCUCGCGACCACAGGAACUAGACCUUCGGCUAACACUCAGCCCCCCAAACAGCGCGGAUAUCUUAUGCGACAGAACACCAAAGUGAUCAUCGCUAGCAGCCGGAACGAAGAAGAACCUAUGCCCUCUCCGGACCAAACAGCUCAAGACCCGCGCGGUACACGAUCCGCUGGAUCAUCACCACGCAAACCCAGUCAGCAAACUUGGACCACUGUUCCGUGGAACGGGACUGCGCGCCGAUCAAGUAUCAGGCCUACCACUGGAAUCCCAAAGAAGAAGCCUGUCCCCGGUGUUGGUGGUGUGCCACCUCUUCCUGGACAGCCUAGUAAUGUGCAGGAGGCUCCCGCCACGAUUGAUGAGAAUGAACCAGCUAUCUCGGAAUCUUUCGAAGAUGGCGAGGAGCGAGGUCGCUUGUUCGUGAAGGUUGUUGGAUUGAAAUAUUGUGAUCUGCCUCUACCUCGUGGUGAGCGAUCAUACUUUGCCCUGACCUUGGAUAAUGGUUUACACUGUGUUACCACAUCUUGGUUGGAGAUGGGCAAGUCUGCACCAAUUGGACAAGAGUUUGAGCUCAUUGUCCAAAACGAUCUCGAGUUCCAAUUGACCCUGCAGAUGAAGAUUGAUGAAACCAAGUUCCAAACUCAGGAGCCUCCAACUUCACCAUCUCGUCCAAAACCCUCGGCCCUCAGCCGUGUGUUCGCAUCUCCACGCCGUCGUAAAGAGCUCGACAUCAAACAGCAAAUGCAGUCUCAGCAACAAAAGGCCAAAGACGUCAAUGCCCCUGUUUAUGAACGACUUCGCAAUCUCGUUGCCCGCGACGGUAGCUUCGGCCGCGCCUAUGUUGCACUGAGUGACCACGAGCAACAGGCAUUCGGUCGUCCACACAUUGUUGAUGUGGCUUGUUUCAACGAAUGGGCCGUUGAAGAACAAAUGAGCAGCGUCAAGAGCAAGAAGAGUGCCACAAGCGUGAACACCCAGCGUCGACCACCCUACAAGAUUGGAAAAUUGGAAGUUCAGUUGCUGUUUGUGCCCAAACCCAAGGGUGGAAAGGAUGAAGAUAUGCCAAAGAGCAUGAAUGCUUGCAUUCGCGAGAUGCGUGAUGCAGAGAGUGUUGCCGCUCGCUCCUGGGAAGGCGUCUUGUCACAACAAGGAGGAGACUGUCCGUUCUGGCGACGUCGCUUCUUCAAGCUCCAAGGAUCCAAGUUGACCGCGUAUCACGAAACCACGCGGCAGCCUCGUGCGACCAUCAACUUGGCCAAGGCCUCUAAGCUCAUUGAUGACCGGUCCUCUCUGCUCCAGAAAGAGACCAGUACGAGAAAUGGUGGCCGUCGCAAAUCCGCCUUUGCCGAAGAGGAAGAUGGAUACAUGUUUGUGGAAGAAGGAUUCCGUAUUCGAUUUGGCAACGGUGAAGUGAUUGACUUCUACGCGGAUAGCCCUGCUGAAAAGGACGGCUGGCUUCGUGUGAUGUCUGAGGCUGUCGGAAAAGGCUCUACGUCUGGUGGCGGGUCCAUCAAACCUUGGGCUGAUCUUGUGCUCAAGCGCGAGAAAAGCAUGAAGACAAAGAGCGAAAAUACUGAGCGUCGCCCGGCCAGCAGUAUUCCCACCGCUACCGCUCCUCCGCCCUCCCCAACGCGAAGCAGGAACAGUGCUAUGACGGGACCUCCGUCCUCGGCGGGAUCUGGGGCGCCGGCGCCUCAAUCCCCUCGUCCUCGCCACAAGCACACCUACUCUCAACCUGAGAUGGGCUCUGCCGAUGCUCGUCGCCAGAAAACUCGCUCUCUCAUGUUCUGA